CUCACUUUUUUUCAUAUUUGUGAAUCUGCAGUCACUUUUCUUCCUUUUUGUGUUGAACGACAGAGAAAAAGCAGAAGAAAAUGAAGAUCAAGGAGGCUACAAAAGAAGAAGGAGAAGAAGAAUGAGGAGGAGAACACAUAAGAACAGAACACCGGCAGGAAGAAGAAUCCACCUGGGUCGAAUCUGCAAGUCCGGAAAGAGAUUUUUCUUGACGAUUUGAUCUUUCUUUAGGAGAUUUGAAGGGUUUUGCUAUAUUUUCCCCCUUUCGGUGGAAGAAAAGGGAAAGGAUUCGCAUCUGAGUUGCGUCGGUGGCGGCGAUAAUGACACAAGGGAUACUUGAUUUCCCAAGUUCCUUCAUAAAGGGAAGGCACAAAAAUGGAAGCGAUUUGUUCUGGGAGGAGGUCAGGAAGGAACACCGACAGGAAGAAGAAUCCACCUGAGAAAAGGAGGGAAGAGUAUGGGAGAAGAAGAAGGUGUAGGGUCGAAUCUGAAAGGGGAAAGGGAGAUUUUAACGAUCCUGAUGUGGUUUUUGUUUUUGGCAGAAGAAAGGAUCUGCCGCCGACAAUCCAAGCUUUGCUAGUGGCAACGACGAUGACAAGAGGGGAACUUUGUUUUGAUUUCCAUUUUUUAAUGAGGUCUCCCUUCUCAAGAAAUCUCUUGCCCAAACCUUCUCCUGCUUUGACAGUGUUUAACCAGAGCUCGCUUUCAACGCCGGGUUUUCAACUAGCUGGUGGAGACAACUGCGACAUUAGCUGGGGCAUCUAUCACCCAUUGUAUACUCGCUUUUGACGCGGAUCAUGAAUUCUGCAAGCUAAAUUCAUGUGCGGUGGCUUUGGUGGCCAAUCAAGU